AUGGGGAAAGUUGAGCUGGGUCAUGAAAUAUUUAUCGCGAAUUGCUUGGUCUUCGUACCUCUGGUGAUACUGUUUUACGAAUAUGUCGCCACCUUCGAGCGCGAGGUACGGCUAUACUGGCCGCCACGACACCCGCUCGGAUGGGUCUCAUCUGUCUUCCUGGCCAACCGCUACCUUUCGCUACUCGGUCACAUCCCCAUCUUGUACUCUGUAUUCGGCAACAUGUCAUACAAGUUCUGCUCAAACCUAUUCGUGUAUCACUCGUAUUACGAGAUCGUCUUACAAUUGUUCGUUGGAGCUCUUUGCAUGAUGCGCAUAUAUGCUCUGUACAACAAGAGCCGCUGGAUUCUCGCCUUCCUGAUCGGGAUCUCCGUCUUGAGCGUUGCCGUCGCAGUAUGGUCGAUCGUGAGAUCUUCUGGAGGCGGUCCGCACAUCAUCGCGACGGAGCCGUUAUUCGUAGGGUGCAAUCAGCUCAUGCCAGACGAUAAUGCGCGGCAUCUCGCCAUCGCGUGGAGUGGCGUACUGGUCUUCGACAGUGCUGUCUUCGGCCUCACUGCGUACCGUACAUUGCGCAUUGGUAAAGGCAGACUGGCAAUGAUCCUUCUGCGAGAUGGGGCGCUGUACUUUGUAGUACUAUUCUGCACUAAUCUGGGCAACAUAUUGACUCUACUGUUAGCCUCAGAGGUACUCAGGACUGGUAGUACGACUAUGACGAACGUGAUAUCUGAUUCGCUCAUCACUCGGAUAAUGCUCAAUAUCAGGGAAGUCAUGCCUCCCGGGAGGUCGACGCGUCCGACAACAGACGAACCCUUCUCAUAUGACACUCCCGUUGAUACCGGCGCUGCACCCCUUUCGACAAUCGUUGACGGCAUGCCCACAACGUCAUUCUAUCCUACUCGGCGUUCGCAGCCGUGGGUUGAUACCACGGCAGAAUACCCCUACGAUACGGAGAAUGGCAUUGAGAUGCGCUGGCGCAGUGAGGCAGACCCGACGGCCCCCGGCGCUCUGCGUGGAUACGCCGUUUGUGAAUGCGCGCACAUGGUGUUAUGGUUCUGCAUAUUGCGGCGCCCGCGCUUGUGGCUAUGCGUAGCGAGACAAUCAGACAGGGAAGUCGUUGUGGCCGGACGCAAACCUACGGCAUCUCUUACAGCUUACAUGAUGAUCAGUGAAUGGUCGUGA